AACAGAGCCUUUUCUCUCCCACAGGUGACCGCGACGGCGAAGAUAGAUUCCGAUCAGAAGAGGAAGAAAGCGUCGAUCUCGGCGGCGGAUCGAGCGGAGAAAGAUAACAACCGUAAGAAGAAGAAAUCGAAGAUGUCGUCGUCGUCUUCCAGCGGUGAGGUUAGGGCUUCACACAUACUGAUAAAGCACCAAGGUUCUAGAAGGAAAGCCUCAUGGAAGGAUCCAGAAGGCCGUGUCAUCAAGAACACCACCAGAGAAAGCGCCGUCGCUCAGCUCAGUACCCUCCGUGAGGACAUCCUUUCCGGCAAGGCUAACUUCGAAGAUGUCGCCUCUCGCAUCUCCGAUUGCAGCUCUGCCAAGCGCGGCGGCGAUCUUGGUCCUUUUGGUCGUGGCCAGAUGCAGAAGCCUUUUGAAGAAGCAACUUUUGCUCUUAAAGUUGGAGAUAUUAGUGAAAUUGUGGAUACUGACAGUGGCGUCCACAUUAUUAAGAGAACCAAAUAAUCAUUUUAAGAAGCAAAUCUCCUUUUGGGGAGAUUAGUAACAUUUGUAGAAGAUUCCCUCGUCUCUUAUUCAGCUCAGAAUUUGUUGAUAAAAUGAUGAUUUAGACAUGGCAGAGCCAUGUUUUUGGAUGAUAUAUUGUUUUUGCCACAAUUAUAAACUUAGUUGUAUGCUUGUAAUUCUGGAAGACAUUCCUUGGGAUUGUACUCUAUUUGUCUUUGGCAUGAGCCUAUCGCUAAUUUCAUUGUUAGGCAGUUUAAA